UCCAGUCGGCCGUGUAGGUCGUGUGUCUUGUUCAGAAGCUCCUUCAGCUGGAUUACACACCACCGCAUAUUGAUUUUAUUGGUGUUUCGGAUGAUUUCUCUUUCCGUUGUGUAUGUGUAAGGUAACGCACAGGGACUGCUUCUCUACCCUAGCUUGGUGUGUUUCGUGGUGCGGACUCGUCACAUUUCACGACACAGAAGACUUUGGGUUGGCUCAUGAUGUAAAGAAAGGAAUUGAGGGAAUGCGCUUAUUUAUCUCUGUGACAAACUGCUUGUAAGCACGUCUUGUCUUUACAUGUAAGCAAGUGUUUAACACCACGGGCAGAUCGGAGGUCGUCUCUGUGGCUGACUUGAAGGACUAGGACCUGGUCGUAAAUGGAUCGCCAUUGCAGUUUUGUUUCACUUUGGCUUCAGCUGGAACUCUUCGCCAUGGCCGUGCUCCUGACUAAAGGAGAGAUCAGGUGCUACUGUGAUGCUCCGCAGUGUGUGGCCACUGGAUACAUGUGCAAAUCGGAGCUCAAUGCCUGUUUUACCAAGGCUCUGGACCCAUUUAACACAAACUCCCCUUUAACACACGGAUGUCUGGAUCCGCUAUUAAACACGGUGGAUGUGUGCGCUCAAAAGAAUUCAGAUGUUUCAAAUGGAGGCCCGUCUCCUAUUGAGUGCUGUCAUGAUGAUAUGUGCAACUACAGGGGUUUACCCAGUAUUGUAUACACACGAAGCGACCCUACAGAUCGUUAUAAUUCAGAUGGCUCAAACCAGAAUUUGAUCACACGAGUUCAAGAGCUAGCCUCAGCGAAGGAGGUGUGGUUCCGGGCAGCAGUGAUUGCAGUGCCCAUCGCCGGAGGCCUGAUUCUGGUGCUGCUUAUUAUGUUAGCACUCCGAAUGCUACGCAGUGAGAACAAACGGCUCCGGGUCCAGAGGCAGCAGAUGCUUUCGCGUUUACACUACAGCUUCCAUGGACACAACCAUGCCAAGAAAGGCCACAUGGCAAAGCUGGACCUGGAGUGCAUGGUGCCUGUGACUGGCCAUGAGAACUGCUGUGCAGGCUGCGAUAAACUCCGACAGGCUGAACUGAGCGCACAAGGGGGCGAACGCUUCCUCUCCCUUGUGCACUGGGGCAUGUACACGGGCCACGGCAAACUAGAGUUUGUAUGACUAGUGAUUCUUUCACUGUGCCUCUGUGCCGGGACUGAACUCGCUCGCUGAUCUCUGGGCAUCAGAGUGAGGAUGUUCUCAAUGCUUGAACUGUGUAGCAUUUUGUUGCUGUACUAUUAUUAUUAUUAUUAUUAUUAUUAUUAUAAUGAUAAUUAUUAUUUUCAAUUUGCAUUGUAAUUUUAUUGUUUUUCUUUUCUAUUGGAGAGAGAAAUGAAAAGGCUACAGAUGUUUGCCUUUUUUACUGAUGUUUUUGUUUUUGUUGUUUUUUUUUUUCCUUGAUGGAGCACUUUACUUGAAUUAGAGCUUGAGAGGGCGGAGUUGUUGAAAUAAGCCUUUCAGGCCCUGUCCUGUGGAUCCUUGACUGACACUGAAGACUGAAGGAUUCAUCUUAUUUGCACAUUUGUAUAAAAUCGAGAUGAAAAUAUGUUUUUGCAUUCUGAAAAAAAAAAAAAAAAAAAAAAGAUCACUGACACCAGGGUACAAAUAUGACCUUUUUUUUCAGUCAAGUUCUAUAAAUAAAGGACUCACUGUUGACUGUAAAUGUUUAAA